AUGUCUAGAAUAAAUAAUAAUAUUGAAGUCACAGAUGACUUUCAAGCAAAAGGGAUAGCGGAACAAGAUAAUAAUCGUGCCCGUAUAGGAAGCAUGUACAGUCGCCAAUAUAGGUCAAAACCAACAAGAUUGGGAGGCCGCGUGUAG